CGCCGAAUGCCAAGAUCGAGCUCUGUUUCAAUGGCGAAGCGGUACGAAACCAAACACCUUCCGCUUUCCACGUGUAGUUCUCGCGUCCGUCCUCUUGGAUCGCCGGUCUCCCUCCCCAGAUGCUUCGGGAUCUCUCAUGGCGCUCGCCCCUUGGCCCUCCUCUUUAUCGCACCUUGCCGGUGAUCGCCGAUCCUUCCCUUCCUUCCGACGGUCCCAGGAACUCCGUCUGCUGUGGAGCUCCAAUCCGUACCUAGUUCGCAGAAGCCUCGCGCCCUGUUGCUCUGGGGAGGAAUUUAGGAGAGGGAGGGCGUUGAAGAGCAAAGAGGAGUUCUGCCAUGAACUGCGGGAGUUCAUAUCGGCGACGGGGCUUGCUGAGAAUCGCGUGCCCUCCAUGAAGGAGCUCUGCGAAAACGGGAGGAAGGACCUCGCAAAUAUUGUGAGACGGAGAGGAUACAAGGUUGUCACAGAACUUCUUUUUAAUUCAAAUGGAGAGAACCAUUCAGAUAAAAUUUCAGAAGGAAGACAAAGAUUUAUAGAUGCAGAAUUAUAUAAAGCUGCAGGAGGUCAAGAGACGAAGAUACAUGUGUCUCCUUAUUGUACCUUACGGCGAAGCAACCGUUCUAUGGAGAGAGACUUGGUUAAAUCAAAUGGAAUGGUAUUAACUGAUAAUCAUGUCCAAGUAUGUGAUAAUUCAGAAUCUUCAGUGGACUCCUUGCAUAUAAAGGCAGUAAAGUUUAGACAGACUGGAGAACUGGAUACAAUGGAAGGUGAAGACUGUGAGUUAUAUCACGAUUUGGCUUCAGAGAUUUAUGAACAUGACAAUCAGAAUGAAAUCAAUCGUUUGAAGAUCUUGCUGCAUCAAAAGAAGAUGGAACUUUCCCAACUAAAGCAACAAAUUGAUGAUGAGAAGCUUGCAUUAAGUAGUCUUCACGCUAGGGCCACAGUUGAGCUUGGUGAUAUAAAAAGAAUCGUAGCAGAGAAAGAUGCGGAACUCCAUGCUGCCGAGGGGAACUUAAAUGGACUAAAAGAGGUUCGUAUCGACUACUGGGCAAACGGUCAAAUCAUAGAAGUUGCUGGUAGUUUUAAUGGUUGGCAGCAUAGAGUCAGAAUGGAUCACCAUCCUUCAUCUAAACACAUAAAUCCACCUGGGUACAGGAAGCCAAUGCUCUGGUCAACAGUGUUGUGGCUCUAUCCUGGAGUUUAUGAGAUAAAAUUCAUUGUUGAUGGCGAGUGGAGAAUCGACUCUCAAUGGGAGAUUAUCACCAGCGGAGGCAUAACCAAUAAUGUUCUGAGAGUAGACAAGUGAGGCUAAAAGCUCAAAAGAAGCUGAUCUAGGAAAUAAUUCAGAGACCCAACCUAUUGUAGAGGAAGUGGAUUGAUAGGGUUUCAGAAAAUGCAUUGAACUUUCUGUUGGUAUAUGUUGUAUAAAUGAAAUCAUCUUAAGAAGUUUCCUGUUUGACAUGAACAGCUUAUGUGGUACACUGUGAAUACCAGUUAUGUGAGCCAAUGCCAGGUAUUUCAUAUGUUUUUAGGCCCAUAUAUGAAGCAAGAAUAAUGAUUGGUUGGAUUAUCUAA